AUAAUUUCACAAGUCAUUAUGCUGCUCGACAUAUCGACGCUUGUCAAAGUGGUAAUGCAUUUCUUAGUCGCCUGGUUACGUCGCUGAACGUUGUGUUAGCGUGUACUUUGCUGGAUAGCCUUGCUGUUAACGCCCACUCUAGGUAGCCUUUUGCUCAUUUUGCGGAGGGCCUGCCCCAUUCAUAGGGCUUGUAGGCAGGCAGGCGGGCGGGCAGGCGAGGCAAGGCAAGGCAAGGCAAGGCUCAGGAGCGGCCGAACACCGUCAGCGACGUGUAGUGUGUUUGUGUGUGUGUGUGUUUGUGUGUGUGUGUUUGUGUGUGUGUGAGCCAAAUGAUGGUCUCUCACUCAAAAUAACAGGCCAGGGGGGAAAAACUGCGCUAUCAUUGUCAGCCGUUUCGACAGCGGACUCACCCUCUUCAGAGACCGACACCGUCCUCUUCGGAAUGGGAUUUGAAUGUCUUUGAUUGAGUACUGGAGGUCCUCUCCCGCGCUAGACUUGUCGUGGAAAUUGACUUCUUAGUCGCCUCCCGGUCCCCUACACCGUUGCCGCAGACCGGCCACCCUACUCGGCUCAUUUAUCCCAGUCCCGGUCCGUAGACCAUUGGCUCCUGGCAUCUGGAAACAUUGGAACUGGUCGAUCCAUUCGUAAAUACACUGAACGUGCCUGUGUGUGCUUUUUGCUGCCUGUAUAAUGCCGACACAUUUGCGGUUCCGGAGAAGGUCAUUCCUUGGGCUUUUAUUCCUUUUUUCAUUGUCCACCUCCGCAUUGUACUUCAUCUACUCCGCCCCUGGGAUCGUGAAUGAGUAUGUGUUCAUGGUCCAAGCCAGAGGGAUCCAGAUCAGAGAGAACGUGAAGAACAUUGGGGCUCAGGUUCUGGAGCAGGUGGUGAGAGGGGCUUACAACAUCAAUGACACAGAUUAUUCGUACGAGUUGAACGUGAGCGAGAGCGAUGCUCCUCCCACCACAUACCUCCCUGUGGACUUCACCUACCUCCCUUCUCAGGUUUGCCCUGAGAGGAUGCCCUCCAUGAAGGGCAGAUUGGAGGUGAAUAUGAGCGAGGUGUCUUUGGAGGAGGUAGAGAGAUCCUUGCUGGAGGGAGAGCCCAGCAUGGCCUCAGGAGGCUACUGGAAGCCAAAAGACUGUUUACCUCGCUGGAAGGUGGCAAUCCUAGUCCCCUUCAGGAACCGACAUGAACAUUUACCCAUUCUGCUGAGACAUCUGGUACCAGUGCUGCAGAAGCAGAGACUCCAGUUUGCCUUUUAUGUCAUAGAGCAGGGCGGUACGGAGCCAUUUAAUAGAGCCAUGUUGUUUAACGUGGGCUACAAGGAGGCCAUGAAGGACCUGGACUGGGACUGCCUGGUCUUCCACGACGUGGACCAUCUUAUGGAGAACGACAGAAACUACUACGGCUGCACAGACAUGCCUCGACACUUUGCAGUCAAACUCGACAAGUACUCCUACAUGCUUCCAUAUAACGAGUUCUUUGGCGGAGUCAGUGGCCUCAUGGUGAAGCAGUUCAAAAAGAUUAAUGGAUUUCCUAAUGCUUUCUGGGGCUGGGGAGGAGAGGACGAUGACCUCUGGAACAGGGUGCAGUUCGCCAACUACACAGUAAGCAGACCGCGCGGAGAGCAGGGACGCUAUAUGUCAAUCCCACAUCACCACCGCGGGGAAGUCCAGUUCCUCGGAAGGUAUAGUCUACUACGCCACUCAAAGGAGAGACAGAAAGUGGAUGGUCUUAACAACCUAAACUACUCCCCCCUAGUGUCCAGGAGGUCUCUUUACACCAACAUCACAGUCAGCUUGAGCAGAAAGCUUGCACCCGUAGCUGACUACUGAUGUAGGCACAGCUGGACUGCAAAAAACACCUGGGAAUCAAAGUCCUCUGGGACAUCAGCCAUAUCUCACCAGUUGCAGCACUGCUUAGGACUUUUAAGUUGAUUGAUAAUUUGCUUCCUUUCUUUUGUUUGUAUGCAAAAAAAAAAAAAAGAAAAAAAGGAGACUCCAAAAAGUUUGUCGGAUAAAUCGUAAAACAAAUUAAGGAUAAAUGCUGCACUCGCUUGUGCCACAGUCCAUCACUCCUCUCAUCUGGGCUUCUCUGGUCUGCAGUCUCCACCUGCCUUUUGCACCAUUUUGGCCUUCAGCAUCCAUUCAUUCAUUCAUUCAUGUUCUUAUCCAGUCAACGAUUGGCGCAGCCCAACACUAGUGUGCUUGUUUGUUAAAAUAAGCCAUGAUAUACAUGCACAUUAGCACGCACGCACACAUAAGGCUGGACUUGCAUGUGCUGAUAUGGUCCCCGAGGCUUUGAUUUUUGUUUUUUCUUUGCUCUUGCACUUCUUUUAGCAAAAUGCAGUAAGCCUGUGAAAACAUUUCGCACGUGCACAUGACCACACACAGCAACUUUAAUAGAAUGGACUCUUGCAGCUGGUUCUGCAGUAGGUAUGCCAAAUCUACAGGUGAAGAGAGCGAGAGAAAAGUCUAUGAAAAAGGAGUGCGUGUUUUCAGUUGUGUGUACUGUAUGUGAAAUCCUUUAGAGAAUAUUAAUACCUUAAUCAUCUCUCAUCAACUCUGUUUUAGUCCUGUGAACAUACCAUUUAGAGACUGUGAUGUUCGUGUUUGCAUAGUCGCAUUUGACGUUCUGACUGCCUGCGAGUGGCUGUGUGUUGGAGAGCAAUGCUCAUCCUGUAAGCAAUAAGCUGUAAUAUCCGACAGCAGAACUUAGACCUGACUUCCUCACUCCACAGAUGCAAUAGCGCGGGUGCUAGCAUGCCCUUAUCGGACUACUGAGAAGGAGUGACUGCGUAUGCAAACUUCACACUCAACACACCUUUGCCUAAGCAAACAUGCCACCCGUUUUGGAACCUGUGUGUGUGUGUGUGUGUGUGUGUUUCUGUGUGAGCAUCUGUGUAUACAAGUGAGGGAGAGCUAUGCAAAUGGCCUGUAUGUAUCCUGUUGUCAGCGCUAAGGUCUCCAGGGUGUCCUCCUGGAGACAUUUACCCCUGAAACUGUGACAGACUGACUUGAGACCUCACUCUGUGUGCGGUGUGCGAGUAGAGCCAGGGAAAGAAAAGCAUUGCUGUUUUUAUUUUUAGAUCCCACAAUAUUUACUCACCUUCAUUUUUAUGGGAGAGGAAGCGGAGGAAGAGAAUACUUGAUUGCCGUCACUGUCACUGGUGUUUACAGAAGCUUUUGCUUUGUUAUUUUUCAGAUUGUGUAGUGUUUGCAACAUAGCUAGCCAGCCGCCCUCCACUGUGGGCGCUGGGAAAACUGUUUAUCUCAAACAACCAAUCUGUGGCUGCCUUUAUUUUUUUAAUGACUCUUCUUCUAUAUCUAGACUUCGAUAGGGAAAUCGCUGAUCUGAAUGCAUAUCUAACCAACACAUCAUACACCACUGAUUAGCUUUGUUAGCUUAUGGCCUGAACGUUCCCUUGUGUCAAUCAGACUUUGGGGUGGUAAGGCCUAAGUAGAUGUUUUGUUGGAUGGCAUGCAGAAAAACACCGUGCAUUGACACAGACUGACAAUACAUGUGAAAUUAGUCGAAAAUGUCCCUUUCCUGAUUGUUGUGCUUGACAGUGUUGAAUUUGAGUAAAAAAAAAUAUCCCAAUACUGUAAACAUAGUUCCUUUUAGAAAAAAAAACAAAUGUAGAGACACAUUCUCCUCACUGUCUGUCCUUUGGUCAUGCAGCUACUUCAUUUCACACAGAUCGCCUUGUAUGCAUUUCUUAACAUGUAUGUUUGGGGAGGAUAACAUGAGUGGUUGUGUGUUCCCACUAUGAAAUAAGAAGUACAGAGGCUGGACCUCGUUUUAUUUAUUUGAUCUUUUAUGGAUUAUUUUCUGCAAUUGUUAAGUUUUUAUUUUUCUUGCGGUUGAUGUGAUGAUUACGUAGGAGACAUACGACAGACUGUGUUGGACGCACUGAAACUUGUUAGUUAUGUGUAUUUAUGUGGGAUUGUGGGGUUCAGGUCUGUGUAAACGGGGGUGCGGUUCCGUUUCAUUUAGACACAGACGAUCUGGUUUGGAUGAAGUGGAACAGGCCCCCCCCCCCCCGUAACCUGGUGCGUGUUAACCUGCUGAACAGAGACACGUCAGAGGAGGCCAUUUUGUGUGACAACCACAGGAAGAGCAAGACGCCUAAUCAGAAAAUGCUAGCAGUCCCUGUCUUUCACUGAGCACCUCCUUUUAUACGAAUUGAUAAUCAAUGGUGCUGACCUUCCAGGGCUCCCGUAAAAGGGAUUCUCUCACUCUCUCUCCUUAUGUGCUCACAGGAUUCGACACGUACACCAUGAAGGCUAGUAUUAGCAGGCAAAAAAUUCCUCAAACUUAAUGGCUCUUUCAUGUCAUUUCAACCUGCAUAUCAGCAAUUUGUUUUUACUUCCAUGGAAGGUUAUCCGGCUCCUUUCCAUCCUGCAUGGUGAAGCUGAUUUGUGUAUUUAUUUUCCUGGUUCACGUCACCAACAGGAGCACGUGUUUACCUUCUUAGCCAGGCCACUCAGGAGGUGCCCAGUGGAAGUCAUGGACAGUAGCAGCGCAUAGUGUUAAGUUUUCUUUUCCAUGUGUGUUUGAGUGAAAUGGCUUUAGAGGUCUGACUGUCCUCCAUGAAGUUUGUUUUUUUGGUUUUUGUCCAGUUUUUUUUUUUACAGCACUGACAAGAUUUAUAGCAACCUGGUUGUGAUCAACUCACAGGUCCGUUUCUAGGACUUGACACAUACAUGAUACUUGUACUUUAGUAUUUGUUUUUGUUACAUUGCUUUAAAUUAAAAGCUAGAUGGACAUAAAGGAAAGGUCAAAUCAGGAUUUCAGUAACCUCUCAACGCAACAAGAAUGACGUAGAUAUCCUUAGAGUCCUGUUUCAGAGUCUAUUCUCCGCAAUAUAGAAGAAGUAGCUCCAUCAGCCAACACCGUUAUAAAGAAAAUUAGUUUUCGGUGGUCACAGGACAGCUUUGUCCACUAAAUGAUGAAAAAUGGGGGAGAAUCAGUCAGCGCUCUCUUGCUUUUUUAUUGGAACAAAAAAUAGAUUGUUUUCUGUUACGCGCAUGCUGACAAUCUUGUUCCUGUUACAUUUACUGUACAUGGUCUCAACCCAGACCAAGACCACAUCUGCUGCUCACCCAAGAGGCGUCAUAUCCCAAUUAUCUCACCCACUCUGAUCCAUUCUGUGCCAGUUUAAAUGAAGGGACCAAUCUUUGGCCACCUGACAGAACUGGCAGCCUUAAAGCUUCUUAAUUUAUUUCAGUGUUUUUUUCUUUUUUUCACUCACGUUUUUUUUUUUUUUUUUUUAUAAGCGAAAAAUAUUUAAAUUGAAAAAGAAGUGCAUAUCAAGAAAAUGAUCAUUGUAAAUAUUGUUGUGUGUAGUGUUUUAGAAGUUCUCUAAGGUCUUAAAUCACUACAAAAGCUAGCAUAUAGAACAAGGCUUUUGGAGGGAUUUGGCUGGAGGUUUUAUCGGGUGCCAUUUAAGUGCUAGUGAAGCUUACACAGCAACAUCAAUGGUUUUACAUCACUGCUUCCCUGCACAGCCUUUUUUUAAACUCAAGAUAUCCUUAUUCCAUGAAUUUUUAACUUCCUCUCUGAAACUCUGAGGAGCUCUGCUCUCCAGAAGCCUCCCUGCACCUUAUAUAUUGUAGCCAUUGAAGAGACGUAUUACAGCAGACAUAGAUAUCACCCUUCAGAUGUUUGUUCAGUGUCCUUGUUUCAGACUGGGAUGUCUCUUUGAUAGUGUCAGCAGUGUGGGGUACGCGCAGGUUAGAGGGGAAGCUCUGCAGGAUAGUGAGUGUCAGCCAAAAACACCAUAUGCUUACGACGCAACGAAACACAGGCACCCAAACCAGCCACACGAUCCACUCUAAAAUCUACACUGAUUCAUUUUUUUGUAUGAAAGCUAACUACUAAUAAAAAAAUAAACAAAAAGAAAACCGAUCGCUAAAUUAAAAAUAUAUCUUCUCUGAUUGUAAGGAGAGAAAUUCUCCUUGAAUUGAAGCCAUUUGAAGCCACUUGUCGAAACUUGAUGUCAGCCUUAUGUGAAUCCGUUUGUGUAUCGGCAUAUUAUCUUUUGAUUAUUGAAAUUUGUAUGAUGGAGAUUUUUCUUUUAUACCAUCAUUGUUAUUGUCUAAGUACACCAAUAAAAUGAAACUUGUAAAGAUACCGAA